UAAAGUAUAUAAAAUUGUCUCUUCUGGAAGAUCGUGGGAAUUUCCUUACACAAGUGGGAUUUUAAUAAUUAUUUGGAUCACUUAUUGCAUUGUGAAGAGGAAGAAAAAAAAGGGAGAGAAGGAGGUCAGGAAAUGGAGAACAGGGCAGAGAAGAGAAGGAUUAUGUUAGUUCCAGUUGCUGCACAAGGACAUGUAACUCCUAUGAUGCAACUUGGGGAAGCCCUUAUGUUAAAGGGCUUCUCGAUUACAGUUGCUCAAAGACAGUUCAAGCAAAUAAGCUCUUCAUUGCAACAUGUUCAUGGUUUUGACUUUGUCACAAUACCAGAAAGCUUAAUUACCUCAGUCUGAAUCUAAUAAACUAGGACCAGCCGAGAUUCUGAUGAAGCUCAAUAAAACAAGUGAGGCUAGCUAUAAGGAGUGUAUAAGUCAGUUAUAACAAGGCAAUGAUAUCGCAUGUAUCAUCUAUGACAAGCUUAUGUACUUCUGUGAAGCUGCAGCUAAAGAGUUCAACCUUCCUAGUGUCAUCUUCAGCACCAGCAGUGCUACCAUUCAAGUUUGCUACUGUGUUUUAAGUAAACUCAAUGCCGAGAAGUUCUUGAUCGAUAUGACAGAUCCUGAAAUGAAAGAGAAGAUGUUGGAAGGUUUAUAUCCUUUAAGAUACAAAGACCUACCUACUUCAGGAUUUGGUCCAUUGGAGCCACUUUUGGAUAUGUGUAGGGAAGUAGUUAACACAAAAACAGCUUCCGCUAUUAUCAUCAACACGGCUAACUGUCUAGAGAGCUCGUCUCUGUCAUGGCUGCAACAAGAACUCGGAAUAUUUGUGUACUCAUUAGGCCCUCUUCACAUUACAACUUCAUUGCCGGGAGGACCGGGACCUAGUUUACUACAAGAGGACAUGAGCUGCGUUGAAUGGCUUAACAAGCAGAAACCAAGGUCAGUCAUAUACAUAAGCUUGGGAAGCAAAGCUCACAUGGAAACCAAAGAGAUGUUAGAGAUGUCUUGGGGACUUUCCAAUAGCAAACAACCAUUCUUAUGGGUCAUCCGACCGGGUAUUUUCAAUACUAUAUUUUCAAUAUUUUAUAUGUAGGGUGUGUAAAU